GGGCCGGGAAGGGGUGGACGGGGUUGAGGGGUGGUUGGAGAGGGAGUGUGGACAGCGUCGCGAAGGAGAAGGAGGCGCUAUAUCAGGGGGGCAAGGUGCCGUGGCAUAAGGACAAGAAGAAGCUUCGGAUACUGAUUGGUGUCUGCACUGUCCUGGCCAUCAUCGUCAUUAUCGUGGCCGCCGUGGAAGUCCCCAAAGCUGGGUCGAGCGACAAAAAGCGAGAUGACGGCGGCAGCAGUCCGGAUAGCCUAGGGAUCUCACCGAGCAGCAUCCCGCAGGGGGCGCCGUCGUGGCUGAAUCCGUUCACCUGGCAAGACACGGCAGAUUUCAACCUCACCUACACAGACGAGAUGGUCGGCGAUCUCCCGAUCAUGGGGCUCAAUUCGACCUGGGAUGACUCGGCGAAGGCGAACGACAAUGUGCCGGCGCUGGACGAAGACUGGGGCGACUAUGCAAAGCGGCCGGCACGCGGCGUGAAUGUGGGCGGCUGGCUCUCCCUCGAACCCUUCAUCACGCCCUCGCUCUUCAACUACGACCUCCGCAUGGGCAUCGUGGACGAGUACACGCUCUGCGCGUACCUGGCAUCGCGGUGUGAGAGCACGCUCGAGAAGCACUACGCGACCUUUGUAACAGAAGACACGUUCCGGCAGAUCAGGGACGCCGGGCUGGACCACGUCCGCAUCCCCUUCUCCUACUGGGCCGUGCAGACCUACGACGGAGACCCGUACCUCUUCCGCACGUCGUGGCGCUACCUCCUGCGGGCCAUCGAGUGGUGCCGCCGCUACGGCCUGCGCGUCAACCUCGACGUGCACGGCCUGCCGGGCAGCCAGAACGGCUGGAACCACAGCGGCCGGCUGGGCCCCAUCGGCUGGCUGAACGGCACGGACGGGGCGCUUAACGCCAAACGCUCGCUCGAGAUCCACGACCGGCUCUCCAGGUUCUUCGCCCAGCCGCGCUACAAGAACAUCAUCAGCCACUACGGCCUGGCCAACGAGCCCAAAAUGACCUUCCUCCCCACGCAGGACGUGCUUUCCUGGACCGAAAGCGCCCACGCCAUGGUACGCAAGAACGGCGUGUCCGACGCCAUCGUCGUCUUCGGCGACGGCUUCCGCGGCCUGGGCAACUGGCAGGGCGAGCUGGCGGGGCUCGACAAGGCGGCGCUCGACGUGCACCAGUACGUCAUCUUCAACACCAACCAGAUCGUCUUCAACCACUCGGCCAAGAUCCGCUACGCGUGCGAGGGCUGGACGCAGCAGACGCUCGAGAGCAUGGACCGGUCGACGGGGUUCGGCCCGACGCUGAUCGCCGAGUGGUCGCAGGCCGACACGGACUGCGCGAAGCACCUGACCAACGUCGGCUGGGGCAAUCGCUGGACGGGCACGCUGCUGCAGGGCGACAAGAGCUCACAGGUCACCACGCCCAGGUGUCCCACGCAGGAUAACCGGUGCAGCUGUGAGCAGGCGAAUGCCCCCGCCGGCCAAUGGAGCGACUCGUACAAGCAGUUCUUGAAGAUGUUUGCCGAGGCGCAGAUGCACAGCUUCGAGAAGGGAUGGGGCUGGUUUUAUUGGGUUUGGGAUACCGAGGACGCGUGAGUUGUUCCCCCGUUUUUUUUUUCUGCGAUUGCUUCAACGGGAUUGAAGUUGCUGACUUGGCUGUUUAUUAUUCUGCAGGCCGCAGUGGAGCUACAAAAAGGGGCUUGAAGCUGGCGUCCUGCCGGCCAAAGCGUAUGAGAGGGAGUUUGACUGCGACUUGUCAAAGAUCCCGAGCUUUUCGGAUUUGUCGGAGACUUACUAGAGGAGAGUGGCACAUGCUUG